GACGCGGCCCAGCGCUGCCGUAACACUACCGAACCUUUAACGUUAGAAUCCAGAAAACGGAGAGAAUCGAGAAGAAAACAGCGAAAAGAGUACAAAACGAACCAGAGCAGGAGCUUUAGCUGACCUGCAGUCAUGGACCCGUCUUUACCUCCAGACCUGAACCCAGAGCCUGAACCGGCUCCAGAAGCAGACACCGCUCACGAUUCACCUGUCCAACCCACCCUGGACUCCAGCCAGGAACCGGCUUCAGAUACGGCCCAGGAACCCUCUGCAGAACCGUCAGCACCAGAACUCACACCAGAACCACCGUUCCCAGUGCCGCCUCCAGCGGCCAACUCCUACAAGAUCAUGACCUUCAGACCCACCAUGGAGGAGUUCAAGGACUUUGGGAAGUACAUCGCUUAUAUCGAGACCCAAGGAGCUCAUCGAGCCGGUCUGGCAAAGGUUAUUCCGCCAAAGGAGUGGAAGCCGCGGCGUUCCUAUGAGACCAUUGAAGAGAUGGUCAUUCCUGCUCCCAUCAUGCAAGUGGUGACCGGCCAAUCAGGACUCUUCACUCAAUACAACAUCCAGAAGAAGUCCAUGACGGUCGGAGAAUAUCGCAAACUGGCCAAUAGUAAAAAGUACUGCACCCCUCAACACAAGGACUUUGAUGACCUGGAAAGAAAGUACUGGAAAAACUUGACGUUUGUGUCGCCCAUUUAUGGCGCCGACAUCAGCGGGUCCCUCUAUGACCAGGACAUCACGGAGUGGAACAUCGGCCAUCUGAACACUCUUCUGGACAUGGUGGAGCAGGAGUGUGGGAUCGUCAUCGAGGGCGUCAACACGCCCUACCUGUACUUCGGCAUGUGGAAAACCACUUUUGCCUGGCACACGGAGGACAUGGACCUCUACAGCAUCAACUACCUGCAUUUCGGCCAACCAAAGUCCUGUAACAUAAAUAUUAUCAUUAUUAUAAUUUAUUUAUACCCGCACCGUUUGUCCUCUAAAAAUCAUCAGUCUGUUUAUUUCAGUGUUUCAUCCGUUGGCAUUUUUCUCAUUCUCUCUCUUUGCUGCUUGUCGUUUUCUGCAGGCUUUUUCCCAGGAAGUUCUCAGGGCUGCGACGCGUUUCUCCGUCACAAGAUGACCCUCCUUUCUCCAUCGAUCCUGAAGAAAUACAGCAUCCCCUUUGACCGAAUCACGCAGGAGGAGGGCGAGUUCAUGAUCACGUUUCCGUACGGAUAUCACGCCGGAUUCAACCACGGCUUCAACUGCGCCGAGUCCACGAACUUCGCAACCCUGCGCUGGAUCGACUACGGCAAGAUGGCCACACAGUGCACGUGCCGUAAGGACAUGGUGAAGAUCUCCAUGGACGUCUUCGUUCGCUGCCUGCAGCCCGACCGCUACGAUCUGUGGAAGCAGGGGAAAGACAACACGCUCCUGGACCACCUCAAACCCACGAGCCUCAGCAGCCCCGAGCUUGAGCACUGGAGGAAAACCAGGGUCACGUACAGAGAGAAACUCCUGCUCGUGGACUUUGUUUAUUUAGAGUUGUUGGUUCCUGCUUGUCUUCUGCAGUGCACGUGCCGUAAGGACAUGGUGAAGAUCUCCAUGGACGUCUUCGUUCGCUGCCUGCAGCCCGACCGCUACGAUCUGUGGAAGCAGGGGAAAGACAACACGCUCCUGGACCACCUCAAACCCACGAGCCUCAGCAGCCCCGAGCUGGAGCACUGGAGGAAAACCAGGGUCACGUACAGAGAGAAACUCCUGCGCAGGGCUCAGGCGAAGGUGAAACAGUUCCGCCGUCUGAAGCUGGAGGAGGUGAAGGUUCUGGCGGAGGAGGGAGUGGAGCUGGACAUGAGCGAGUACCUGCUCAAGGUGGAGGAGCGCGAGCAGCAGCGGCGGCAGCAGAAGGACGAGCGCAUGGCGCGGGAGGCGCUCCUCACGCUGGAGGCGCUGGAGAGGGAGGAGCAGGAGCAGGCGGAAGCGGCACUCCGUGGAGAAGGUGAAGAUGGAAAAACAGAAUCUCAGGAUCCUCCAUCGGAAAACGGAGAGGAGGAGAAGAAGAAGAAGAAGAAAAAGAAGAAGCCGAAGCAUCUCGACGAUCUCUCCUUCCAGCAGGUGUUUGAGCAGUUCGCUUCCAGCGACAUUCAGGACCAGAGUAAUGGAGACGCUCCCGGCCUGCAGCCGAAUCCUUUCAUGAAACUGAAGAAGAAAGUUAAGGUGAAGAAGAGCCGAAGACAUCCGUUCAGCAAGCCACCCAUGCGCUCUCCUCACUCAAUAGUCAAACAGGAAGCCUCCAGCGAUGAGGAGCUGUACUCUGGGCUGCCUGUAGGUGGUGGCGUUCAGCCGGAGGCCAAGAAGUCUGAGGAGAGCGCGCUGUGGCAGAACCGCACGCCAAACUUCCUGGCCGAGAAACAGUUCAACGCUGCGAUGGCGACCAUCGAGCCGCACUGCGCUGUCUGCACGCUCUUCUGUCCGUACACACAGCCUCUUAAGGACCCCUUCCACCUCUCGGACACGUCUGGCCUGGUGUCCCGGGUCGGCUGUCGCACCCGUCCACUGGUUCCAGAGAUGUGCUUCAGCGCAGGAGCUGAAAACACAGAGCCGCUGCCGUCGAACUCCCACAUCGGUGACGACGGCACCAGCAUCCUGCUGUCCUGCGGGUGCUGCGGCCUGCAGGUCCACGCCAGCUGUUACGGCGUCAAUCCCGACACGAAACAGGAGGGCUGGAUGUGUUCUCGGUGCGCUGCGGCCGAAUGGACAGCCGCCUGCUGUUUGUGCAGUUUAAGAGGAGGAGCUUUGAAGAAAACCACAGAUGACAGGUGGGUUCACGUGAUUUGCGCCGUCGCUGUGGCCGAGGCUCGUUUCGUUAACGCUGUGGAGCGAGAGCCUGUGGACGUGACGGCGGUCCCCGACCCCAGGAAGAGUCUGAAGUGUGUCUACUGCCACAAGACGACCAAGCAGAUCUUCGGCGCGUGUAUCCAGUGCUCGUUGGACAACUGCUCCACGUCCUUCCACGUCACCUGCGCCCUCCUCGCCGGAGUCGUCAUGAAACCGGCCGAUUGGCCGUACGUGGUGUCCGUCACCUGCCACAAACACAAAAAGACCAAUCAGAAGGUUAAAAGCGGCUCGCGCGAGCUGUCGUUGGGUCAGGAGGUCAUCGGCAGGAGCAGCAACGGUUGGUUCUACCGCUGCACCAUCACCGGCAUUGGCACGCAAAACUACUUUGAGGUCAACUUUGACGACGGCUCCUACUGUGAUAACAUCUUCCCAGAGAACCUGCUGAGUCACGACUGCCUGAGGAACGGCCCUCCAGAACUGGGCGAACUCGUGGUGGUCAAGACAAUCGAUGGACGAGUUCUCAACGCGUCUUACGUCAAGGAACACGUCCACCGAUACUACCAGGUGGAGUUUCAGGACGAGACGCAGAUCUUACUGAAGCGCAGCGAGAUUCACUCUCUGGACCAUGAGCUGCCCAAGAGGGUCAUGUCUCGUCUGGCAAGUGUGAACCAACAGCAACCUCAGGCGCAACCGUCAGAUGAACCUCUGGCCGCGAAACGUCCACGUCUGCCGACACCGCCGCCAAUACUAGCCAUUGAGCCCUCGGCACAACCUCCAGAAAUAGUCACCGCUUUCCUGCCCGCUAGUAUUACUCCAAACACCAGCACUGCCCCCUGCCUGCCUCCCCCCACCUCACUUCCUGUUUCAGCACCCACACUUCCUGCCCCGGAACCCAGCGAGAGUUACACCCAUAGCUCCAGCUACGUAGCCUACAUGGAGUCUCUCCUCAACUCGGACUUUCCUCCAGAAGAGGAACAAGGUGUUGAGCCGAUGUAUUGAAGCGCCACUUUGCGCUACCAGCUAUUCGUCAACACAUACAGACUUUAAAUUCAUCUACUGCAUGUCUUUGUUUCAUUUAUUCGCUGUUGUGCUAAUCCGAGUCUCCCACCCAUGAACGGUGCGCGUGGGACGCAUGCGUGUCAUUAUAGACUGAAGCCGAAACGGACCCAGUACAUAGCCUUGGGGGAUGCCUCACUCUUCCGACCCUUUCCACGAUCCCUCGCUCCGGUUCUUUCACUAAACGGAAAGAGCCGCCAUACAUUUUCAGAUGGGAUAAUCAUUCACUGUAUGUGCGGUUUACUUUAUACCUGAUUUUUUUCUCUAAUGAGUGCUAAAUAUUUUUCUAACUCAAGCCAAAACAUGCUACCCGGUCACAGAUCACAUAGACAGUCUAUAUCUGUACAGUUUCAGGUAUUUUUCUCUGUACUCAAGUGUUCGGGUGGGGGGGUCACAGGAAGAGUUUUAGCCGGGCUCAUGGAAUUUAAUAAGUAUUUAAAUGUCUUUUGUCACAUAAAGAUUUAAUACUUGUAUAAAGAAAAUCAAUUAUGGCAGCAUCAGAAGCUACAGUUUUCAGUUACCGUACACAACUGUGUUACGAUAGAUUUGCGCGGGUUCAUGUAUUCUUCUAUAAUCUACGAUAAAAUGUUUUUCAGCACCAGAUGAUUUGUUUUUGUAGCAUACUUGGUAGACGUUGAUAUUGAAUACUAUUCACCGUGUCUGUUUUUAUUAUGAGUACCGUUGUUGUUAUGAUUAUUAUUUUUAUUGAUUUUUAUUUUGGUGAAUCUUUGCAACACAAUGUCGAAAGAUGAAAAAAAAAAAAGUUGAAUUUAUAAUUUUUAUUCAAGAGGUUGAAGUGGCGUACAUUUAAGUGUAUAGUCAUAGGUGAUAUUAAACAGAUACGCAAUCUGCCUUCUCAAGGUGCUAUAGAAGUCUUAGACUACUGAGGGGCGAUCCGGGUCACGUGACCCACAAUGAGGUGUACAUACUAGACGUGCUGCUCACAAAUUGGAAAAAUUUUCUUCAGUGUAACCUAGUCUUAUCAAAUGCCAUGUCACAUUCAAAUAAAGGGUCUGGUUGUCGCUUCGGAUUUGUUUUCUCCUUUUUGUUGUUUGCCCAUCCUUGUUGUUUCGUCUUCUGACGUGAGCGAUUAUCAAUCGGCACGCCUCGUUCACCGGUACUUGCGGAUUCAUCAUCCAAAUAGCACUGAGAAUUUGAUCCAGUGCACCCUAGAUUAAUUUGGAAACAAACACUUGGAUAAGACCUUUACAGACAGGAUUGUCGUUAUAGACUGAAGUCAAAACAGACCCAGUACAUAGCCUUGGGGGAUGCCGCACUCUUUCGACCCUUCCCACAAUCCCUCGCUCCACCUCAUUCAUUAAACUGAAAGAGCCACAUCACAUUUUCAGAUGUGAAUAGUCAUUCACUUGCUUUAGCAUGCCAUAGAUUUUGGAGGAUUGUAAAUUAAUUAAAAGUAAAUUAAUGAAAGGAAAUGCCAACAAAUGAAGUUUUGUCAUUUAAUAGACAUUUCGAAAAUGAUUAAUUGCAUUCAUUAUUGCAUUAUUUUAAAAAAUAAUUGCAGAAAAUUUAAUUCU